CUUCAAUUGCGGCGAGUUCACCGGGAACGAUAUUUCGAGGAGCAAAACGCCCGAGGCGAAACGCCCCUCGAGCCCCGGCGCGAGGAACGUGGAGAGAACUCUGGACGCCUUGAUACUGAUCAAGGGCGACGCCGUGACAGGCUCCGCGAACUACGACGAGAAAUCGGUGCCUAAUCAGGUGUUGGACGCGGAGAAGCUCGGCCUCUCCCCC